AUGCUAAAGCAAACUGUUCAAACAAUAUUUGUUCGCGGAUGCGAGAAGGUUUCUCCCAAAAUUUUGAAAGAUAUUGUUCGCGUUAGAGAGUCUGCUUUGGAUAUUAGAGUAAAGGAUAAGACACAUACAUUCCCACUAUGUGUUCAGUCUAGGAUAUAUGUAGUGGCUUUCGGAAAAGCGUCAAUUGGAAUGACAAAAGUAAUUGAAGAAAGUUUAGGAAGCUCAUUCACAGAUGGUAUUGUGAUAGCACCAGAAUCAAUGACCAUAGUUUCCAUGAAAUCAAAAAUAUACUUGGCAGGAAAAAACAAUCUGCCAGAUGAGAACUCGGUUUCGUCAACAAAAAAAGUUCUGGAGUUCUUAAAACAGAUUGAUAGUCCUGACUCCAUUGUGUUGUUUUUGAUAUCAGGGGGAGGAUCAGCUCUUCUCUGCUCACCCAACAAAGUGUCUCUAUCUGAAAAGCUGGAAACAAUUAAGUUGAUGGUGAAACAAGGAGCUUCUAUACAACAACUCAAUACCAUAAGACAACAUCUCUCGGAAGUAAAAGGCGGGAAGUUGUUGUCAAAGUUAUUGAAAUCCAAGGUGAUUUCUUUGAUCCUGAGUGAUAUUAUUGGUGAUCCUAUUGAUCUGAUAGCGAGCGGUCCAACUGUGAUUCCACGGGGAAACAAAGGAAAUCCUUUUUUACUACUGCAAUCGUUGUCGAUCCCAGUCAAGGAGCUACCACCAAGUGUCAAACUACAGCUGUCAAGCCUUGAAACUGAAGCUGAAGCUGAGAUUAACAACCCCUCUAAUUUUAUAGUUAUUAAUAACGAGCUAAUUCUUGAAGAGGUACGAACUAGCUUGACGGAACAAGGAUUUCAGUCGCAUGUCGUUACAAAUAAACUUUCUGGAGAUGCCACUGAAAGAGGAAGAGAGUUCGCUCAAUUGAUUUCUUCUAAUUCUCAAAACUUUGAAGAGACACUUUUGAAGCUACACAGUAUUAGAAUACCUUGGGGUUUCAGCAAGUUAGCUCUUGUAUUCGGAGGAGAGACAACAGUGAAACUGAAAGGUUCCGGAUGCGGUGGAAGAAAUCAAGAAAUGGUUUUGUCCUGUUUGAAACAUUUGAAAUCAUAUUUCUCUUCCUUCUGUUUCUCAUUUCUUUUCAUGAGCGUCGGAACUGAUGGCCUGGAUGGUCCGAACAACGCUGCUGGAGCAAUCAUUACGGAGGACGAUGUCAGUAAAGCAGAUUUGGAUCAAUGUGAAAAUUCAUUGAACAAUUCGGAUUCGUAUAACUUCUGGAAGACUUUCAACCAAGGUCUUAGUCAUGUUGUGAUAGGACCAACUGGUACCAAUGUGAUGGAUGUUCAAAUUCUGCUACUUACAGUGAAUAAAGCUUAG